GGGGACACGUGGUUAAUGGGCUAGGUACCGGGAGGUCUAUCUGAGGCGAAAAAGCUUUUUGAGUAAAGCGCAAGAAAAGUAUUGGAAACGAUUCGCAUCUGAGCAUUAGCAGCCAGAAUGUCGGUCAUCCAUGCUCCCGGAGUGCGAGAAUCCUCUGCGCUGUUCCGCGACAUUAGCGCGGAGGAUGAGGAACAGCAGCCGGCAGAGAUUGAGUCGCUCUGUAUGAACUGCUACCACAAUGGCUUGACUCGACUGCUUCUGACCAGAGUGCCCUUCUUUAAGGAGAUAAUUGUCAGUUCAUUCACAUGUGAUUCGUGUGGCUGGAGUAACACAGAAAUUCAGUCUGCUGGUCGUAUCCAGGAGCAAGGUGUACAAUAUUCAUUAAGCGUCAGGAACAAACAGGAUGUAAAUCGUGAAGUUAUUAAAACAGACUAUGCAAAAGUGCAGAUUCCUGAAUUAGAUUUUGAAAUUCCAGCAUGUAGCCAGAAAGGAGCACUCACUACAAUUGAAGGAAUCAUUGAAAGAACAAUUGUGGGCCUACAACAGGAGCAGUCUCUUCGCCGAGCUGAAAAUGAAAGUAUUGCAGCUAAAGUUGAUGAAUUUAUUAUAAAGCUUCAGCGACUGAAAGAUGGGGAAGACCAGUUUACUUUUAUUAUUGAUGACCCAUCAGGGAACAGCUUUGUGGAGAAUCCAUUUGCUCCUCAAAAGGAUGAAGCACUUUUGGUUACACGCUACAAGAGGACUCCAGAACAGGAUGUGUUACUAGGGCUUGAGAGCUCAUCUGCAAGUCAGAAACAGGAAGAGAAACCUAUGCCAACCAGUGAGGAACUGAGAGAUGAGGUCCUCCAGUUCCCAACAAAUUGUCCAGAAUGCAAUGUUCCAGCAAAGACUAACAUGAAGCUAGUGCAAAUCCCUCAUUUCAAGGAAGUCAUUAUUAUGGCUACAAACUGUGACUCCUGCGGCCAUCGGACUAAUGAGGUGAAAUCAGGAGGUGCCAUUGAACCUCUUGGGACUAGAAUCACCUUGCACAUUACAGAUCUGUCUGACCUUACCAGAGAUGUGUUAAAAUCUGAGACCUGUGGUAUUAGUGUCCCAGAGUUGGAGUUUGAACUGGGGAUGGGUGCUCUUGGUGGCAAGUUCACCACUUUGGAAGGCCUUCUAAAAGACAUCAAAGAUUUGGUGGUGGAUAAGAACCCUUUUACACUUGGUGACAGCUCCUCAUCAGACAGAAGGGAAAAGCUUGAGGACUUUGGCAGGAAAAUUGACCAGAUCCUGGAGGGACAUUUAAAGGCACAUUUCAUUCUUGAUGACCCAGCUGGGAAUAGCUACCUUCAGAAUGUAUAUGCACCAGAAGAAGACCCUGAAAUGAAAGUAGAGAAGUAUGAACGGACAUUUGAGCAAAAUGAGGAUCUUGGACUCAAUGACAUGAAAACAGAGGGAUAUGAAGAGAAGGCUUGAUGGCUGCUAGCUCUGCCAAGAUCACUUGGUUUCAUGGAAACAUAAAUGCAGCAUUAUGAAUGAACAGUUGUUUUGCUAGUUGUUUUCAGUAAACAAUAUUUCAGUAUGCAAAUAGCUAUGUAUGCUGAAGACGCCCAGAUGCUUGCUCACACUGCUAAUGUGGAUAUAAUUCUUCCAUUUACUGCCCCCUAAAAACAUUGUAGCUGCCUUUUUUUCUUCUCCAGAAGAGUGCGUCUCCAGAGUGAGAGAGUAAGGUAUCCGAUAUUUCAUUUGUGGAAAAUCAUCAUGUUGGGGCACACAGGAUUCUUUAUUAAGUGCCUGAAGAAAAACAAAUGACCACAUGUAGGCCACUGAUAAACAGUGUUGUCCUUUAAAACUAGAUAUAUGGCAAUAUACUCCCUACCUUUAAUGCCGUAAUUUAGCACAGGGGUGUAAUGCUUCUAGCCAUUUAAUUGGUUCUGAACCUCAACUCCAAUCAUCCAUAACUAGCACCAAAUAAGAUAGGAGAUAUACUUUCAGAAGUUUUUAAAGGCCAGGUCAUCCUAACUGUUGGACUGUUUUGUGUAUCAGUUAAGUUUAUUCAGUUUAAUAAACUUGUAUAUUUUAUUAGUUGCAAAGAAAGUUGUUCUGCCAUAUAGAAGGGCUGUAUUAUUUUUUUCAAAGGUGAUGUGUCACCUACUUCACCAUGGCUCAAGUGGAGCUACAGGUCAUCUGUGGAAAUUAGCCAUUUUUAAGUUGCAAUAGAUAGCCACAGCUGGGCAUUUUAUGUUACAAAAAAAUUGUAAAAAAAAAUAUAUAUAUAUUUAAAUUGGUGACCCUCAUUUUAUGUUCUAACAACAAAUAAAAACUUAAAUGUA